AUGUCCACGCUGAGCGUCCACUGCCUGAAGCCCUCGGCUCUGCACCUGCCGUCUGGGAUCCCAGGGUCCCCAGGCCGCCAGCGGCGCCACACGCUCCCUGCCAACGAGUUUCGCUGCCUCACCCCAGAGGACGCUGCCGGCGUGUUUCAGAUUGAGCGAGAGACCUUCAUCUCUGUCUCCAGCAACUGCCCCCUGAAUCUGGAUGAGGUCCGGCACUUCCUGACCCUGUGUCCCGAGCUGUCCCUGGGCUGGUUUGUGGAGGGCCGCCUCGUGGCCUUCAUCAUUGGCUCCCUGUGGGACGAGGAGAGACUUACUCAGGCGUCGCUGAUGCUGCACAGGCCUGGGGGGCGCGCCGCCCACCUGCACGUGCUGGCCGUGCACCGCACCUUCCGGUGGCAGGGCAAGGGCUCCGUCCUGCUCUGGCGCUACCUGCACCGCGUGGGCGGCCAGCCGGCCGUGCGCCGGGCCGUGCUCAUGUGUGAGGACCCGCUGGUGCCCUUCUACCAGAGGUUCGGCUUCCAUCCCGCGGGCCCAUGUGCCAUCGUCGUGGGCUCGCUGACCUUCACGGAGAUGCACUGCUCCCUGCGGGGCCACGCCGCCCUGCGCCGGAACAGUGACCCCUGA